GUGAUGAGGAGGUUUUUCCGAGGGCUGAGAGAUGAAGAUUACAGUCAGAUUCAGUAUCUUACAGCCAAGUGCAGCCGUCUGGCACAGGAGAAAGCAGCGUUGGAGAGAGAGUGUGUGUUAUCCCGAGAGUCAGCACGGGUCCUGCAGGUAGAGUUGGAAACUGUGUGUUUGCAGCUCCGACAGAAAGAAAACACUGUCCAGGAGCUACUUGGCAAGCUCCAACACCAGCAGCAUGUUGUGAACACAAGUGACACAGCUCUAUUGAGUGUUCACUUGGAGUCAAUAAACUCAGAGCUGGAAUACCUCCAGUCCACUGAGAAGCAGCUACUAGGUUUUGUGGAAGAGCUUCACCAGGAGACGUAUGAGGCAACCAAAAAGGCAGAGGGCCUGGAAGCAAAGCUCCACCAGGAGGCUCAGCUCCAUGCCAAGCAUACAGAAAAUCUGCAAAGAGAGUUGGAGAGAAAGUCAUAUGAGCUGCAGGAGCUGCAGAAGGCCCAUGAGGCAUUGGAGUGGGAGCUAAGUGAGCAGAAAAGUGCCCAUCAGAAUACAGUGCUGGAAUUGCAGCUCGAAAACACAGCUAGUGUACACAAACUUAGAGAGAUGGCUGAGCAGGUGGAGUGGUUGUGUGAGCAACAACGCAACUGGAUAUGCUGCAUCAAAAGGUUUAAGGACUGCCUGAAUGAUGAGAAGGAGGCCCUGGUUCUGCAGGUGAACAGGUUACAGGAAGAAUUGUUGGAUCUGAGAAAGAAACCAAAAACUCAAAUGAUCGGUGGAGAAGAUACAAAACCCAAAAUGCCUUGCAGCAGAUGGGAUGUUGAUGCCAUGUUGGACCUGCAGAUAGAGGCAGACAAGUGGAAAGUUAGAUACCAGGAACUCUUUAGCAAAUUCACAUCACACCAGGUGGAUUGUCAUGAGGACUUAUACCUUAAACCACCAUGAAGUCAUGAGUUUAUGCACUAUUUUUAAGUGUCUACUACUAUUUAGGGAGAAGCCCAAACUAGUGACUUGUAAUAAAACAAUU